AUGAACAACCUGCCUUCUACUAGUAAAUCAAAACAAAACGAUGGAUUCGAAGACGAUGAAAUAUUCGAGGACUCUUCGUUGCUGGCUGAUUUUGAUAAUUCCUUUGUGCAAAGAUCUAAGUUCUCUGAAAGUAACUUAAAUGAUUCCAGAAACAAAAGUGCACUUAAUAUUAGUGCUUUAUGUUGUGAUGAGGAGAUCAGUGGAUAUGACAAGUUGACUGGCAAGACAUGGAUCUACCCAACCAACUACCCAGUCCGAGACUACCAGUUCAAUGUGAUCAGAGCUGCCAUCCUUCAGAAUACUUUGGUCAGUCUACCGACAGGAUUGGGUAAGACGUUUAUAGCUGCAGUGAUAAUGUACAACUUCUACCGCUGGUAUCCGCUGGGCAAAAUAGUGUUCACCGCACCAACUCGCCCAUUAGUUGCACAACAAAUUGAUGCAUGCUACAACAUUAUUGCUAUACCACCCAAUGAUACUAUAGAAAUGACAGGUCACAUGCAAGUGAACACAAGGAAGGAACAUUGGAAGAACAAAAGAGUGUUCUUUGCCACUCCGCAAGUAAUUUACAAUGAUAUGAAGUCUGGUAUAUGUCCUUGUGAUAAAAUCCGGUGCCUGGUGAUAGAUGAGGCUCAUAGAGCUAGAGGAAACUAUGCGUAUUGCCAGAUUGUAUCCACUUUAGAUGAUGUUGGUCAUAAAACGUACAGGAUACUGGCAUUGUCUGCCACUCCCGGAAGCAAGGUUGAAGAUGUUAUAAAUGUUGUAAAAAAUUUACAUAUAGCUCACCUGGAGCUAAGGACUGAAAACUGUAUCGACGUAGCGCCGUAUAGCCACGCUCGUAAGAUCAAAACUGUGGUACUAGAACUAGGAUUUGAAUUGACUCAACUUAGACAGCAAUAUAUUGAGAUUUUAGAUGGGUACGCUAGAAGACUGAAACAGAUGAACAUACUACCUCCGAACUUAGGGAAUCUGUCUAAAGGCCGGAUUGUGAUGUUGUAUAAAGAGUAUCAGACGAAAGAUCGAAGUUUGAGACACCCGCAACACAACUACAUAAUGAAAGACUUCACGAUUCUGAUCGCUCUGUACCAUGGACUGGAGCUGCUAGUCCAGCACGGUUCUAGAAUAUUCCUCAACUUCUUCGAUGAACACCCGGAGAAGUCCUGGAUGCAGGCUGAUGAUAGACUCACAGCCUUGCUGGAGAGGCUACGAGACGAUCUGGGAGUAAACCCAUUGUCGUUAGACAGGAGUAUACUGCCUGAUGGGACAAUACCUGAGAUGCCAAAAGACUUGACAUUCGGUCAUCCCAAGUUUGAUAAACUGAAAGAAAUAAUGACAUAUCAUUUUGCUAAAGCACAGCAACUGAAACAGGAUACCCGAGCAAUAGUAUUCUGCGAGUACCGUGAGAGUGUGAACCUGGUACACUGCCUAUUGCUGCAGUGUCGCCCGCUCAUCAAACCGAUGAUGUUUGUAGGACAAGGUGCCUCUGGCAAAGACGGUAAAACGAUAGUAUCUCAAAAGCAGCAGUUGCGUGUGAUGCGCAGUUUUCGUGAAGGACAGUGCAACGUGCUGGUGGCCACGUGUGUCGCUGAAGAAGGGCUCGACGUCGGCUCCGUAGACCUCAUCAUCUGCUUCGAUAUAUCCACCAAGUCACCCGUACGAUUGGUGCAGAGGUGCGGACGAACGGGUCGAGAGCGUGGAGGUGAAGUAUUUAUUCUGGUGACUGAGGGCCGAGAACAUCAGACGUUAAUAGAAUGUAUGCGACAACGAGAUGGGUUGAACAAGAAGGUGCUUCAAUCCAAAGAGGUUGAGAAUAACCUGUACAAGCUGAACCCUCGUAUGAUCCCCCACGACUUCAUGCCACAAUGCCAGAAGAUGUACAUCACUGUGGAGAAGAAACAGGAUCCGAAAGAAAAGGUUAAAGAAGGGAUUGAUAAGGCUAAGAAGGGACAGAAAGACCUGCGCGCAAUGUUGGCUCGACCGUCUACGUCUACGUCUACAAGUUCGAGGGAAACUGACAGUAAAGCUUUAAUCACGGAAGAUGAGUUCAAGAAACUGUUUCCUGAAGGAUACAGCAGCACUUCAUUGUUUGCAAGACCUCAAGAGUACUGGGCGAUGAGUAGAGGAAAAUUAAAAGACAUCAAUACACCAGAUGGAACAGUACUGAAACUGAGUAAUUGGUUGGAAUGGCAGCGAAGUCUACAGACGACGGUGAACGUACAACACUCGAGGGAUGCAGAGAUACUGGCGGAAUUGCUGCAGUAUAGUGAUGCUAAGAGAUUCGACAUGCCUGUCUCUACGCAAAAUCCUUGCUUCGGCAGCCAAGAACUUCGUUCCCAGCCCCUCUUUUUAAGGUCUCCAGCUAAAAAUAUGUCUCCAGCAAAAACAAACAGAUCUCCGGCCAAAAUCAAUAAACAAGCAAUUAAAAAGAAACAAAAACUCCCUUUAACAAAGCCACAGGAUAAAAAAGAUGGUGAUAUUCGAGCUCUAUUUAGUACUGCAACAAAAUCGACUAAAAACUACACUAAACUUAUCAGUGACUUGGGUCUACAAACUGAUAGUGGUGUGCCUACACGACUUAUAAGCUUACUUGUAGACCUAAGCCUCGAUAAUACAAAUACUAACAAGAAUUGUUACGUCUGUGAAAACAUUUGCGCUUGCAAUCUUUUAAAAAGUAAAAAGGAAGAUAAUAAACUUCCAAUGGUAGUUUUAGAAUCUAUAAAACAACCUAGACUACCUGACAUAUAUUUGAUCGAUGAUUUUGAUGCAGAAACAAUAAUGAAGUGUAUGAAGAAGUCUGAUGAAAAUGAUGAUGAUGUUAAUAUGGACAAUUUUGAUUUAGGAGACGAUUUUCUUUGUGAAAGUCCCGUUUACGGUUCUCCUAUUGAAGAAGACAAUAAGAAAGAUGUAGUGACUGCAGCUACAGAUAAUUUUGAUAUAGGUGACAUUGAUGAUAUAUUUGCUAACAGCAGUCCGGAAGAAGCUAUAGAAAAAGAGAUAGAUAAGAACGACAAGCCUGUGAUGAAAGAAGAACGUAUGAGAAAAGACGAAGUGCUUCCAAACAACACGGAAGUAUUUACACAAGGCCAAGUGCCUCAAGGCAAAAGUGAAGUACUUGUAGGAAAAGGCCAAGAGCUUCAAGACAAGAGCAAAGUGCUUGUAAGAAAGGACGAAGAACCGAAGGAAGCUAAAGACACUCUAGGCUUCUUCGGUUUAGACAGCAUUGAUGACAUAUUUGCUGACGACGAAAUUGACAAUACACCUCCAGAACAAACCCAAAAUAAAACCAAAGAUAAACCAACACAAAACACACAAAUCAAUAGAUCACCUUCUAUACAAUACCCACUCAGUCCCUCCAUUCUAUCUGGUAGGGUAAAACUAGAUAUACCGACUUCGCCUAUAUUGUGCAGUCAACCUCGGAAAUUCCAAUUAAGCACGAAAAAGAAUCGAUCACCGAAUUCUACACUAAUUGCACAUAGUUGUAGAAAGCAAUUGAUUCAAGAUUCAACACACAAUAACCUUGAUAAGGCUGAGCAAUCUGAGAGUUCUAAGAGAGCUAGUCUUAUAGAUACUAGCAACAAAAGCCUAAUGACGAUCACACAACUGGUAGAAAUGAUAAAUAAAACUGGUAAUGAAUCGACAUCAAUAACAAAUGUUUCCAAUAGAAAGCAAGAAAAAGAAAGAAGUCUCUCUCCCAUACUCCUAACGCAGGCUGAGAAGAGAUCCAUUAUCCAUACAAACUCAAUAGACAGAUCCUGUGUCAGUACAAACGCUUUAGACAAAUCUAUCGCUUCUACGUCCAACACUAAAGACAGUCUCAUCGUACUAGACAGUGACAGUGAUUCAGACAGCACACAAGUUUAUGACGUCACAGAUUACUUUAACACUAAUAACAAUAGUAAAAUACACGAUACUAAUAUCAGUCCUAUAGCAAACAAGAGAAAACGAAGCUUGGACGAUAGUAAUGUAAUAACGGCUUCUCCAUAUUUCAAUAAGAAACAGAAAUUAGACAACGAACCCGCCAAAGAAAUAACGUUACAAGAAAGAGUGUUAGCAGUUAUGAAAAAGAAUAAAAACAAAAUCAUGAACAAUGACAAUACGGUACUGAAUUGUGUUGUGUCGCAAGGAUUCUUGUCUCAGAAGGAAAAUAAAAAUCCUCAGCUUUUGAACGGUGAUGCUGACGACGAAAAAAGUGAUGAACAACAAAAACAAAUGAAUUUAAGCAUGCUGCAAAUGUUCAGACGAGAGAACAAAGAUCAAACAGUCAGGAACAAGUUAAGCACAGUAUUCAAAUCUCCCAAAUCCCCGCUACUCGAUAAACGGAAAAUAGCUUUUGAAGAUAGCGAUGACGACUUUGAAGACGACAAAAACUUUGGUCCUAGCAACCGUACGGGGAACAAAAUGGAUGACACUUACAGAUCUACAACAAAUCACAAAGUACGGAAAAAAAAGAAAAAAAAUAACGAUUUCUUGGAUUUGGAGGCUGUACUGACGGAUGAAGAAGAUCACAGCGGUGACGAGCUAUCUGACGAAAGCAUCGGUAGCAUAGUGGACUUUAUAUGCGAUGAUGAUAACACCACCCACCACGAGGAUAUACAAGCUGUUUACCUCAAGUCUGUCAAGAGCCCUGUAAGAGGCGGCGGUUUCAAGAUACCAGAAUUACCAAAGAGGUUUAAUAAGGAAGAUAUUUUAUCUCAGUAUGUUGAAGAAGAUUCAUAUGAAAUGGAUAGUUUCUGUGUUGACUCCAACAUCGGUUUAACGCAAGGGCAUGAAAUAUCAGAGCUAGAAUUAGCAGAAAUGAAAUUAGAGGCGAAAAGGAAAGCAAAGAAAAAGUACAGGCGAAUAUGUUCGCAGGAGGAAAGUCCGGAUAUGGCAGUGGUAAAGAAAAAUAAACCUAAAAGGAGACUUAUUGAGAGUGAUUCUGAAGAUAGUUCUUAG